CCUAACUGUCCUUCUGCGGAAAAGGGAACGGGCCGAAAGACCAGAGCCCGGGAUGCAGCAUCUGCCGCUGACCUUGGGCGGUCCCCAUCGCGCUCGGGCCUCAGUUUCCCCACCCGGAGAGGGACGCCUCCCUCGGCCGGGCCGGCCUCCCCCGACUCCCGGGCUGCGAGGACGCCCGCAGAAUCCCAACACCCGAAAUUGGAACUCAAGAAGAAAAGCAACCUCUUCUCUCUCCAGUUCAUCCAGCACGAAGCAACAUGACCACCCCUUCCUGCUUUAGCUACACUCCACAUGUCGGAUGUUCUCCUUGAUCCCAGGACAACGUACCCAGAUGAAAAACAUUUCCAAACCACUCCUCCAAAGAUGGUGAAUGACAUGUAAUCCAAAGAAGUUGAUGAGUUUUCUGGAAUAGCACAUCCCACUGCCUGGAAUACAAUGAGGGCUGUUACUCCUGCAGUCAUCUUCUUUUUUUUUCAAUGGGCUUUCUUGCAGCCGUCUUGAACCAAAAAGGAUUUUGCAAAUGGAAAGCUCAAGUGAAAGAUGCAAAACAAACAGAUGGAAGGAUCCUGGACCCUGAUCACCGUGGAGCCACUUUGUCUAUCUCAAGACUUCAACAUGAGAGGAAAGUGGCCAUUAUCUUGUGCCAAGAUGUCAGGAAUUGGAAAUAAAAGAGCAGCUGGAGAGCCUGGCACAUCUAUUCCUCCAGAGAAGAAGACAGCUGUUGAAGAUUCAGGGACCACAGUGGAAACAAUUAAGCUAGGGGGCGUCUCUUCAACGGAAGAAUUAGAUAUUCGAACACUGCAAACCAAAAAUCGCAAGCUGGCAGAAAUGCUGGAUCAGCGGCAGGCCAUCGAAGACGAGCUCCGCGAGCACAUCGAAAAGCUGGAACGACGACAGGCCACUGAUGAUGCCUCCCUAUUGAUCGUCAACCGGUACUGGAGUCAGUUUGAUGAAAACAUCAGGAUCAUCCUGAAGCGUUACGAUCUGGAGCAGGGUUUGGGGGACCUCCUUACCGAAAGAAAAGCCCUCGUUGUGCCUGAACCAGAGCCAGAUUCCGAUAGCAAUCAGGAACGUAAAGAUGACCGAGAGAGAGGGGAAGGGCAAGAGCCAGCUUUCUCUUUCCUUGCUACUUUGGCCAGCAGUUCCAGUGAAGAGAUGGAAUCUCAGCUGCUGGAGCGCGUGGAGUCCUCCCGCCGAGCCGUGUCCCAGAUAGUGACUGUCUAUGAUAAACUGCAAGAAAAAGUGGAGCUCUUAUCCCGGAAGCUGAACAGUGGAGAUAACCUGAUAGUAGAGGAAGCAGUCCAGGAGCUGAAUUCCUUCCUCACUCAAGAGAACAUGAGGCUGCAGGAACUGACAGACCUCCUUCAAGAGAAGCAUCGCACUAUGUCUCAGGAGUUCUCCAAGUUGCAGAGUAAAGUGGAGAUGGCCGAAUCACGAGUGUGUGUUCUGGAGUCCAUGAUUGAUGACUUACAGUGGGACAUAGACAAAAUUCGAAAGAGGGAACAACGACUCAACCGACACUUGGCAGAAGUCCUAGAACGGGUGAAUUCGAAAGGUUAUAAGGUGUAUGGUGCUGGGAGCAGUCUCUACGGCGGCACAAUCACUAUCAAUGCCCGGAAGUUUGAGGAAAUGAAUGCAGAGCUUGAGGAGAACAAGGAGUUGGCUCAGAACCGUCACUGUGAGCUGGAGAAACUUCGGCAAGACUUUGAGGAAGUCACUACCCAAAAUGAAAAGCUGAAGGUGGAGCUGCGCAGCGCAGUGGAGGAGGUGGUUAAGGAGACUCCGGAGUACCGCUGCAUGCAGUCGCAGUUCUCCGUCCUGUACAAUGAGAGCCUGCAGUUGAAAGCACACUUGGAUGAGGCUCGCACCCUGCUCCACGGCACCAGGGGCACCCACCAGCGCCAGGUGGAGCUCAUCGAGCGAGACGAGGUGAGUCUUCAUAAGAAGCUGAGGACGGAAGUGAUCCAGCUGGAAGAUACAUUGGCCCAGGUUCGCAAGGAGUAUGAAAUGCUGAGGAUAGAAUUUGAGCAGACACUGGCUGCCAAUGAACAAGCAGGCCCUAUUAACCGGGAGAUGCGCCACCUCAUCAGUAGCCUCCAGAAUCACAACCACCAGCUGAAGGGGGAGGUCCUCAGAUAUAAGCGGAAACUGAGAGAAGCCCAGUCUGACCUGAACAAGACACGUCUGCGCAGUGGCAGCACCCUUCUGCAGUCUCCGUCUAGUACCGAGGACCCUAAGGACGAGCCUGCCGAGCUCAAACAGGAUCCCGAGGACUUAUCUGCCCAGUGCUCAGCAUCUAAGGUGUCUCAGGAGGAAGCCAGCGAGAUGAAGUCCAAACGGGAUGAAGAAGAACGAGAACGAGAGCGGAGGGAGAAAGAGAGGGAGCGAGAAAAAGAAAGAGAGCGGGAGAAAGAAAAGGAGAGGGAACGCGAGAAGCAGAAACUAAAAGAGUCAGAAAAAGAGAGAGAUUCUGCCAAGGAUAAAGAGAAAGGGAAGCACGAUGACGGAAGGAAAAAGGAAGCAGAAAUUAUCAAACAAUUGAAGAUUGAACUCAAGAAGGCACAGGAGAGCCAAAAAGAGAUGAAACUAUUGCUAGAUAUGUACCGCUCUGCCCCAAAGGAACAGAGAGACAAAGUUCAGCUAAUGGCAGCUGAGAAGAAGUCGAAGUCAGAGUUGGAAGAUCUAAGGCAAAGACUCAAGGAUCUAGAGGAAAAAGAGAAGAAAGAGAACAAGAAAAUGGCAGAUGAGGAUGCCUUGAGGAAGAUCCGAGCAGUAGAGGAGCAGAUAGAAUACCUGCAGAAGAAGCUGGCCAUGGCCAAGCAGGAGGAAGAAGCUCUCCUCUCGGAGAUGGAUGUCACAGGCCAGGCCUUUGAAGACAUGCAGGAGCAAAAUAUCCGUCUGAUGCAGCAGUUGCGGGAGAAAGAUGAUGCAAAUUUCAAACUCAUGUCAGAACGUAUCAAGUCGAAUCAGAUCCAUAAGCUGCUGAAAGAGGAGAAGGAGGAGCUGGCAGACCAAGUUUUGACUCUGAAGACUCAGGUUGAUGCCCAGUUACAGGUAGUAAGGAAACUGGAAGAGAAGGAGCAUUUGCUACAGAGCAACAUUGGCACAGGGGAGAAGGAGCUGGGUCUGAGGACCCAAGCCUUAGAGAUGAAUAAACGCAAGGCAAUGGAGGCGGCCCAGCUGGCAGACGACCUCAAAGCACAGCUGGAGUUGGCUCAGAAGAAACUACACGAUUUUCAGGAUGAGAUCGUGGAGAACAGUGUCACUAAAGAAAAGGACAUGUUCAAUUUCAAACGCGCCCAGGAGGACAUCUCAAGACUUCGAAGGAAGCUGGAGACCACAAAGAAACCAGACAAUGUACCCAAAUGUGAUGAGAUUCUCAUGGAGGAGAUUAAGGAUUACAAGGCUCGCCUGACCUGCCCAUGUUGCAACAUGCGUAAAAAGGAUGCCGUGCUGACCAAGUGUUUUCAUGUUUUCUGCUUUGAGUGUGUGAAGACGCGCUAUGACACCCGUCAGCGCAAAUGUCCCAAGUGUAAUGCUGCUUUUGGGGCCAAUGAUUUCCACCGCAUCUACAUUGGCUGAUCCAAGUCAAGAGAAGAAGAAAGGCUGAUGAGACAGGCACUUAUUCGUUAAUCACCAAACCUCUACCUCUUUUCUCCUUAAUUGUUACCUGCAAAGCAGUUUGUUUGUCAACCCUCUUUCCUGCACAGACUUCACAUCCAUGUUCUCCUCUUUAAUAGCUAGAUGACUCUGGGGAGAGGAGUGGUAAAUGCAAGUCUUGGUUUUUAGGAUGAAUUAGCAACAAACAACUUUCUCUUCCCUACCAGCUUUGUUUGUUCCUGCUUUUAGACUUUUCAUCGUUUUCUUCUUCAGGCCACUGUAUAGAUAUAAUCUUGGAUUGUCUGUUCCUCCUGAAGAAGACAGGUUGGUUGUUUUGACCUGGAGAAGGGAACAAAGAAGAGUGGAAACACAUGGCUUUUGGGGGAGGGUUGUGGGGGAGAUCUUCUAGAAAGAAGCUGACUAUGGGCACAAACUCUUAAUGAUUUGGGUAGUAAACUUUUUGUAAACAUAGAUUAUAAAAUGGUACAAUUGUGCCACUCUUUCCUGGAUGAUUUGAAGCCUUAAUGAAAUUAUGUCCAGGAAAAUUUCCCAUUUGCUAGCACAGUAACUUGUUAAGGUCAGCUGGCUUUUUUGUUAAAGUUAUUUAAGUUUUGAAUGUUCAACUAAUUAAAGUCUUUAAAUUUCUCAAGGCCAGAAUAGUUUCGAAUUAUAUAGUCCCUUUUAUCUUUUAAUGAAAUCACAAUUGGAGAGGCUGGUGACCAGGACCGAGAUGGUGAAAAAAUCUUCUGGAUUCUCUGGAACUUGGUACAGAAAGGCCUUGGUGAGCUAUGAAUUACUCUCAUCCUCCUCCCCAUAGGGGCUGCUGUGAGUCCCUAUUUCCCGGAAGAUUCUCUGUAAUGUUUCUGUAGGACUUUAUAUUCCACAAGCUUCAAUUAAAGCAGGAUUCAGCUUG